CCCAAAUAAUGUUCAGCCCAUUUCAGAUCUCGUGUUCCAAAACGGAACAACAACACAAAAUCAAGAGAAAGCACCUAACAUAACGAAUCUAAAUCUCAACUUCGAUCCUACGCUCUUCUUGUUCUCAUUCCUCUCUCUCAGCAGAAGAAGAUGAAAUGGGAGGAACCAGAGUGCAAAGGCUAUCUGGAAUGCAAAAGCAAGUGCUUAGCUUAUACAGAGGAUUUCUUCGUGCUGCACGUUCCAAACCGGACCAAGAACGCCGCAACAUAGAAUCCAUAGUAUCUCAAGAAUUUCGUCACAAUUCAAAAGAAGUUGAUAGGAAGAAUUUUCAAUACAUUGAAUAUUUACUUCGCCGUGGUCAUAAACAGCUUGAUCAGCUUAACAACCCUGGUACCACCGGGUUAUCUUCAUUGCAACUUCAUUUCCCUAAAGAUUAAUUAUACUUUUCAUCCAUGUAGAAAAUUAACUGAAUAUUGAGAUGUUUGUAUUCAAUGAAAAUUAAGUGAAUUUUUAUUACACUUUUUAGUGUUUGCUUGUUGAUGCUACUAAAUGUACGAGCAUGUGUGAAUUUGUUACA